GAUGAAGACAGCUAUAGAAGUGGAUUGUGGUUGGUUGGUGGUGACAGCUCAGUACUGCUCCCCAGAAAGAGUCAAAUAGUGUAAUACUGUGAGAACAUACUGUGGGGGCUGAACUAGCAACUGGUGUACAUAAAAACAAGCUGAGUCUGUGAGAGCUAACAGUGCCUGAAUUACUACUGCAGAGAACAUUGACUUUCCAAGAGAACUGGCAUCACUGUCAAUCAAAAGACAUACGAUCGAGACCAAAAAGUUAACUGCAUAUUGCCAGGCAGCAGCCGUUUAUUCAAGCAAGAGCUUACAAGUACAAAUCACCUGGACUUUACAGGCACUCUUAAAGAUGAAGAAUUCUACAGCAAGACCUACAGAAGACCCCAGAGUCCCAUUAAACUGCAUUAGCUCUGGAAUGCAUAACUAUAUCUUUACUAUGAUCCCAAUUGUUUAUAGUUUCAUAUUUGUUGUUGGUGUUUUUGGGAACAGCAUGGUGGUGGCUGUAAUUUACUCCUACAUGAAAUUAAAAACAGUUGCUAAUGUCUUCAUGCUGAACCUGGCACUGGCUGACCUCACCUUUCUGAUCACGUUACCACUGUGGGCUGCUAACACAGCACUGGGCUAUAAUUGGCAUUUUGGGGGAUUCCUAUGCAAACUGAGCACUGGUUUGGUAACCUUCAAUCUAUAUGCCACCAUAUUCCUUCUAACCUGCCUCAGCAUUGACCGUUACCUGGCCAUAGUCCAUCCAGUGAGAUCACGCCCAAGACGUACAUUGGUCUAUUCCCGCAUCACCUGCAUCAUCAUCUGGGUCUUUGCUUUUAUACUGAGCGUGCCGACAAUGUGUUUCCGUGACGUCAUCUUAAUUGCCAACCCGAACAUAUCUGUGUGUGCUUUUUUAUACCAGGAUGCCAACUUGAAUAGCUUUUUGGUUGGGAUGGGCUUCAUGAAAAGCAUUUUGGGUUUCCUCAUUCCUUUUGUGAUCAUUAUCACUUGCUACUGUCUGAUUGGCAAGACCCUGCUGGGUGCCUACCAGGUCCAAAAAAGCAAAGCCCGAAAUGACGAAGUUCUGAAAAUGCUUGCCGCAGUAGUGGCUUCCUUUUUCAUUUGCUGGGUUCCGCAUCAGAUAUUUCACUUUAUGGACAUACUUGUUCAGUUGAAAGUUAUAAAGACCUGUAAGUUAAUUGAUGUUGUUGACACAGCUUUGCCUUUUACAAUCUGCAUAGCGUAUUUUAACAGCUGUCUGAAUCCUAUCCUUUACGGGUUUGUGGGAAAACAUUUUAGGAAAAAAUUAAUACAGCUCCUCAAAUGUGCCUCCCCUUUAAAAGCCCACCCAAGUCUGUCUACCAAAAUGAGUUCCAUUUCAUAUCGGGGAUCAGAAAAUGUGCACUUAACGGCUAACAAGCCUAUUCCCUUGUGUGAUGUUAAAUAAACAGACAAACAUAGCAAAUGGCACUGCAUUAAAAAAAACAACAUCAUUAUAUACUGUGCCAUUUAUAAAAGAUGGUUUUCUUAAAACAACAUAAUCUUAAAAUGACUUGUUAUUUUACAAUCUAUUCAAAAAUAAAUGAAACAUCUGCCCUCCUGAUUAGUCUCAUCACAGGUGCAUAGGCGACCGCAUGUCAGAAUGAAAAAUAGAACUCUCCCGCACCCUGGAUUUUGACAAAUCUAACCUUUUUUGCUUUUUUGCGUUUUGGUCGUAAGAUGUUAGCUUCUAUUUUCUUUUAACGAAUAAAAAAAGGGGGAGAUUUGGCAAAAUACAGUGUGGAGGAGUGUUCUAUUUUUCUUUUUUUUUUUAAUAAUCUAUUUAUAAAAAUCCCUUAAAUUUUAGCUGAUGUUAAUCCAACUUAAACUAUAUCAUUCACUGUAGAUGUCUGAAAUGCUCUAAAACUAUUAAGACCAUCUUAUUCUUACAUUUUAUAAUUAUGCUAUUAAGUCCACAUUAUCUUAAAGCGAUAAAGGUCAUUCUGAGUGCUAGCUAAGCAGCUAAAUAAACCUGCAUUCAGUUUUACAGGACAUACUUCUAGUAUGUUGCUUAUGUUAGAGCAUACAGCUAUGGCCAAAAGUUUUGCCGCACCCUAUAGAAUUAAUAAAUUUUGCUUCAUAAAGUCGAAUGAAAC